CUCGCUGCCCCCCGCGGUCCUCCCUGGCGCGAGUGCGGGUGCGUGUGAGAGUGUGGCAGGGUAUUGUGUUGCGGGAGUGAGUGUGUGUGCGUGUGCAUGAGUGUGGGGCGCGCGGGGCUCCUGCGCUCGGCUCGCGGCUGCCGCCGGGGAAGGACGGACGGACGGCGCUUGCUCCUUCGGCGAGCGGCUCCCGGGCCCUUCGGCGCGGCGCGGGCGCGAGGGGAGCGCGCCUGGCUGGCCGCCGGCCUCCGGAAGGGCCCACCGCGUCCCCCCUGGGCUGGAUAUGUUCGUGUUCACGUGAAGAUGGAUUUAGUCUACGGUCUCGUGUGGCUGCUGACAGUCCUCCUCGAAGGGAUCUCCGGCCAAGGAGUGUACGCUCCCCCCACCGUUCGCAUUGUGCACUCCGGCUUGGCCUGUAACAUUGAGGAGGAACGCUACUCUGAAAGAGUCUACACAAUCCGGGAAGGAGAAACCCUAGAAUUGACUUGUCUGGUCACCGGACACCCACGUCCACAGAUCAGGUGGACCAAAACAGCAGGAAGUGCCUCUGACAGAUUCCAAGACUCCAGUGUCUUCAAUGAGACGCUAAGGAUUACAAACAUUCAGCGACACCAAGGAGGCCGGUACUACUGUAAAGCCGAGAAUGGCCUGGGGUCCCCCGCGAUAAAGUCAAUCCGAGUGGAUGUGUACUAUUUGGAUGAUCCAGUAGUAACUGUUCAUCAGAGUAUAGGUGAAGCUAAAGAACAGUUUUACUAUGAGAGAACAGUAUUCCUCCGCUGCGUUGCCAACUCCAAUCCACCUGUUAGGUACAGCUGGAGACGGGGCCAGGAAGUGUUACUACAAGGAUCCGAUAAAGGAGUUGAGAUUUAUGAACCCUUCUUUACCCAGGGUGAAACAAAGAUCCUAAAACUAAAGAAUCUUCGACCUCAGGACUAUGCUAAUUAUAGCUGUAUUGCUUCCGUGAGGAAUGUAUGUAAUAUUCCUGAUAAGAUGGUAUCAUUUAGGCUUUCCAAUAAAACAGCAUCUCCGUCAAUUAAACUCUUGGUGGACGAUCCAAUAGUUGUAAAUCCUGGAGAGGCCAUAACAUUAGUGUGUGUUACAACAGGAGGAGAGCCUGCGCCCUCUCUCACCUGGGUCAGGUCCUUUGGGACCCUGCCUGAAAAGACUGUUUUGAAUGGAGGAACUUUGACCAUACCUGCCAUCACCUCUGAUGAUGCUGGUACUUACAGCUGCCUUGCCAAUAAUAAUGUGGGAAACCCUGCAAAAAAGUCCACUAACAUCAUUGUGAGAGCCUUAAAAAAAGGACGAUUUUGGAUCACCCCAGACCCUUAUCACAAAGACGACAACAUCCAGAUUGGGCGCGAGGUGAAAAUAUCUUGCCAAGUAGAAGCUGUUCCUUCGGAGGAAUUAACAUUCAGUUGGUUUAAAAAUGGUCGUCCAUUAAGAAGCUCUGAGCGAAUGGUUAUUACACAGACUGAUCCCGAUGUUUCCCCUGGAACAACAAACUUGGAUAUCAUUGAUUUAAAAUUCACGGACUUUGGGACAUACACGUGUGUAGCCUCUCUGAAGGGAGGAGGAAUUUCCGACAUCAGUAUUGAUGUUAAUAUUUCCAGCAGCACAGUUCCACCCAAUCUGACUGUUCCACAGGAAAAAUCACCUUUGGUCACCAGAGAAGGAGACACAAUAGAACUGCAAUGUCAAGUAACUGGGAAACCUAAGCCAAUUAUCCUGUGGUCUAGAGCGGACAAGGAAGUCGCAAUGCCUGAUGGGUCAAUGCAAAUGGAGAGUUAUGAUGGGACGCUGAGGAUCGUGAACGUGUCUAGGGAGAUGUCCGGAAUGUACCGGUGUCAGACCAGCCAAUACAAUGGGUUUAACGUCAAGCCAAGAGAAGCCUUGGUGCAGCUCAUCGUGCAGUAUCCUCCUGCUGUGGAACCAGCAUUCUUGGAAAUUCGUCAAGGGCAGGACCGGAGUGUCACCAUGAGCUGCAGGGUCCUGAGAGCCUAUCCGAUACGGGUGCUGACCUAUGAGUGGCGCUUGGGCAAUAAGUUACUCCGAACGGGUCAGUUUGACUCUCAGGAGUACACGGAGUACCCAGUGAAGAAUCUUUCCAAUGAGAACUACGGGGUUUAUAAUUGUAGCAUCAUAAAUGAAGCUGGAGCUGGGAGAUGCAGCUUUCUUGUUACAGGAAAGGCCUAUGCUCCAGAAUUCUACUACGAUACCUACAACCCCGUGUGGCAAAACCGGCACCGUGUUUAUGCCUACAGUCUACAGUGGACCCAAAUGAAUCCCGAUGCGGUGGAUCGGAUUGUUGCCUAUCGGUUGGGUAUUCGGCAGGCUGGACAGCAGCGUUGGUGGGAACAGGAGAUUAAAAUAAAUGGAAAUAUUCAAAAGGGAGAAUUAAUUACAUAUAACUUAACCGAGCUCAUUAAACCAGAGGCAUAUGAAGUCCGACUGACCCCUCUCACCAAAUUUGGUGAAGGAGAUUCAACAAUUCGUGUUAUCAAAUACAGUGCUCCUGUAAAUCCUCACUUAAGAGAAUUUCACUGUGGAUUUGAAGAUGGAAACAUGUGUCUGUUCACCCAAGAUGACACAGAUAAUUUUGACUGGACAAAACAAAGUACUGCAACAAGAAACACGAAAUACACACCUAACACAGGACCUAACGCCGAUCGCAGUGGCUCCAAAGAAGGUUUCUAUAUGUACAUCGAAACAUCUCGACCCAGAUUGGAAGGUGAAAAAGCUAGACUUCUCAGCCCUGUCUUCAGCAUUGCUCCCAAAAAUCCUUAUGGAUCAACAAACACUCCAUACUGCUUCAGCUUCUUUUAUCACAUGUAUGGACAACACAUAGGUGUUUUAAAUGUAUAUCUACGUUUGAAAGGGCAAACAACAAUAGAGAAUCCGCUGUGGUCUUCAAGUGGUAAUAAAGGACAACGAUGGAAUGAGGCUCAUGUUAAUAUAUAUCCUAUUACUUCAUUUCAGCUCAUUUUUGAAGGUAUUCGGGGUCCUGGAAUAGAAGGUGAUAUUGCCAUUGAUGAUGUAUCCAUUGCAGAAGGAGAAUGUGCAAAACAAGACCUAACUACUAAGAAUUCCGUUGAUGGUGCUGUUGGGAUUUUAGUUCAUAUAUGGCUUUUUCCAGUUAUCGUCCUCAUCUCUAUCCUAAGUCCUCGAAGGUGACCUUAUCCUGGCAGAGGCUAUCAAAGUUUCACCUGGCACUGGCAUGAAGAAAGAGUCUUUGUAAAUGGACGUUAAAAAACAAACUACCAAAGAUUCCUCCACUGACUACUGACUCAAACAUAAAAUAAUAAAAACAAAAUUUUUUAAGCACUGAGGAUAAAAAAGACAUGAUGGAAAUAUAACUUAUUCCAAACUACAUAUAAAAGAUAAUCUUGACAUGAGUAGAGAAGAGACCUUCAGGUGCUUUUGUGGCUAAAAUGAUUACAGUGUCAUCUGGUUGAACUCUGGAAAAAAAAAAAAAGAGCUAUAGAAAUCCUCGUCAAAGCACAAAGUCAUGGCUGGUUUUGUUUCAAAUGAAUAGUUUGCUUGUUACCAUGGAAACCUAAUGGCCUGCCAACAAAAACCUCACUGUAAACAGGGUACAUGAAGAGCUGGCAUUUAUUUUCCUUUCAAAAGGUUUUACGUACAGAAUUAAAUAAAUGUAGGCCCUUUUACCUUUGGCUGUUACCCUUCUUUGAAAAUACCGGAACUCUGAAUUAUUUAAAGCAUUCAUUUUCCUUCCCACCUUAUCCCCACCCCAUACUUACUAUUAUUUUUUUUUUCUUCCCAUGGCUAAGCUAAAUAACUGUAUGCUGUCUCUCUCUGCAUGCACUACUAUCCAGGGCAGUAACCUGGGCUGACAUAUUACACAGGCUUAUCGGAGUUUGCUUGCGGCCACUUGAACACCCAAACUAUGUCAUCUGUUCCAAUGAAGAAACCAAACCACCAUCUUUUAUAAAUUGCCAUGGAAACCAAGUGCCUUCAAUGAAACAAGCCUGAAUAAUUUUCCAACUCAGAAGCUUGCACUGCUACGAGUGGUUUGUGUAAAACUAUUUUGUAAACAAACUACAGAGCCUAAAUGUGCAAAUGACAGGCAAGACAACAAAGCCGCUUCUGAAGAAGAAAGGACCGGAGCUGCUGCGUAAGCCCAUGCAGACAAGAUAUUUGUUGUUUAACCUCCUAGACAGCCAUGGCCUUUCGGCUUAUUGUCCAUUAAAGAAUAACUUCCAUUGAGACCAGACAUGGGAGCAACACUUUUUUCUUCCAGGUUAUUAAAUGGGUCAACCAGAGCAAAAGGUUUUUAAGAUAAUACUUAGCGCAGAAGGUGGUAAAACACAAAAGUGAUUUGUACUGUAACCUCCAUUUGAAAUGAAAUUGGCCCUAGCUUUAGAGGGAACAUGAAAAUGUUUGUGAUUGCAGUGUGCACAAACUCUACAGCGGAACUGGGCCUGAAAAAUCUGGCUUUAUUCUAAACACUGAAGGUAACAUGCCUCUGCCCUAUAGUCAGACUCUGUGCAAAUUGUGAAAUAUUAUUUUAUUAUUUUAAAAGAUUAAAAAACACUUUUACAAAAAAACAAAAACCUGUAAAAAUGAUUUUGAGCUACCUGAGAACAAAUCGUACCUUUAACCAGCCAGUUUUCCAAUGCAUUGUAAAUUUCACUUAAACCUGUUGGUUAUGAAAAUUUGAAGAUCUUUUUCCUUAAAUUAUCUCAGCUUUUAACUUCAUUUAAAAAGACUUUUGUCUAAAGAAGAAUAUUACUAUUAUAUGUUAUUUCAAUACCCCAGGAUUAGAAAAAAGCUGAUUAUGCAAGUAAUUGGGAUAUAAGUAUUAAAUUAUAACAUUUGCAAAUAUUAAUAUUAAAAGCACAACAAAAUGUAGUGGAAAAAUGACAAAGCUUGAUUUUUUAAGAAAAAUCUGUAGAAAUGUUCAUGCAAAUUCAGUAAUUCAAUUUAAACUCUAAUUUUACAGCUAUGUUCAAUAAAGCCUCUUUCCAGGUAAGGUCUGACAAGCGGUAUGUGUGUUUGUUGAGCAAUCUUCACUUAUCACUAAAGGGAGAUUGUCUAUACAAUUUAUUGGUUAUGUACCAUAAUAAAUCAUCAGUGCUUCAUAUACCUUUAAGUACGCAGGAAGAAAUUUUAAUAAGAAUGCCCUGAUGCACUCUCCCAUAUUUAUAACACACGUUAAAAAAUGUUAAAUCUUUGUAGGUAAAAUAUGAAUUGGUCAUAUAAUGUAUAUUUUCAUAGUCAGUUCAGAGGGAACACAUCAGAAUAUUUAGGUAGUGAUAUAAUUGAGCUCUAAACAAACCCUUAAAUCAAAGGGAACAAACAAAUGAGUUUCAUAAUUUACUUGAAUGAAUUAGGCAUCUUGAAAGUUUUUCAGAAUUCUAGUCAUUCAUAUGUUUUUAUCAAACCAAAGAGAUUCAAGUAAAGCAUGUCUGGGGGCCCUUACCCUCCUUCUCCAUGACUUCCGUUUUACAGCAACUAACCACUUCUCUUCACUAUCACCUAUUAGCAGAUCAUCCUGUUUUACUGCAUUAUUAUUGUCAAUAAUAUGAAUAAAAGUGUUUCAGAUCUAAAGAGAGGCUUAAUGCAUUGCCUUCUUUUAACUAUCUUUAAAUUGAUUUGAGAGAGCCUUUUGCAAAAAAAAGUAAAAACAAACAAAAAUUUAAAUUCAGAAUACUUGAAUAUAUGUGUCCUUUAGAGGAAUAUAUCCAAAUUUCUUUUACUUUUAACUAAUCCUGAAAAAAGGAAGUGCUACAAAUGAAAGUUUCUAUCAUACUAUGAAGCACUGAUAAAAUCCUAAAAUAAUCUCAAAUUCUCACAUCAUAAGAAUAUACACACUUCUGAAAUUCAUGAGAACUGGCUGGUAUGUCAAAAUUUUAAUUAAAUUUUUAAGAAAUUGCAGAUGAUUGUGAAGAAUAAAUGGUAAUCAGAAGUGCAAAGCAAUCAGAUUUAUUAAGAUGAUAAUAAAUUAAAAUAUAUCUCAAGUGCAUUCUGGUUUAUUUAUGUAAACUAACAGAAAGAAAGAAUCAGUGUUGGUCACUUCAGAUCAAAUAUCCAGUUGUUUUAAUUGAAAAUAAAAGGUACAAUGCAGAAAUUUUUAAAUGAUUGAGAUAAAUGAAACAAAUUAUUCUAAGUAAGCCUCUUUAAUAUUAGUAAUAAUAAUGAAAACUUUAAAACACCCAUUUAGCAACUGCCUUCCUUUUAUUAAUAUUUUUGUAUUUAUUAUGAGUUGGAGUCCACAACAUAUUACCCCUUUCCCAUUUUGAUAAUGUAUUUAAAGUAUAAUUGGUGCCUAUGUUUUUGUUGUUAUUUUAUAGAGAGGCAUCAGGCAAUGAAGUUUUCAAUUUUCCAGGAGAAAGAACAUACCAUGUAAUCUCCUACUGCCAGUAAUUGAUCUCAAUUAAUUAGGAACAUUACCCUGUUUCAUCAGUUCAGAGAUGUUUGUUUCUCUACACUUUAUCCUGUCGGCAAUUGGGCCUCUUUUAAUUGCAAUUGGCAACGUUUCUGUGUAGUGAUAUUUAAAAUGUAUCUUAGAACUAAUGGCAUUUUAAAUAUGAUAAAAUUCACUAAAUUUGCCAGAAGUGCCAAAUAAUGCCUAGUAUUACUUUUCAUCAAAUCCAAAACUGAUAAAAAGAUUAUCCAACCAUAUUUUAAAGAUUUAUAUUAACUAUUAAUUGACUAUGCAGUAUUUUAAAAUAACCUAUUUAUUCUGUUCUUUUUAAAAAAUUCAAGUCUUCUCUUAGGUUGUGCAUGUAUACCUACCCUCAUUCACUUCUUCUUUCCUUUACCUUGUUACCUAUUGUUUUAGUUCCAUCACAAAAUUUAUUAUGCAACGUAUCCCUGGUUUAAAAUGUUCCUUGGUUCUAGGUGUGUGGCCUACCAUUAAAUUUUCUUUAAGAGAAUUGAAAGAUGCAUGGUAUACCACAAUGUCGUAUAACUGACAUUGGAACUAAUGGUAUUUUAUUUCACAUAUAUCACAGAAUUGACUUUGGCAUGGCAAUGAUUAUAAUUCAUAACAAUCAGAAUUAGAACCCUCCUAAUCAGUUAUAUCAUGUAAUAAAUAAUAAAAAUAAUGCCAUUCUUUACUUUUAUAUUUAAAAAUAUGAUGAAAUACAAAUUACAACUGUACUAACUUUUCACCAAACAUGCAUUUUUAUUUUAAAGACUUUAUAAUAAAAUUAAUCUGACAAUAAAAUGUGUAGUUUCAAGAACAAUUAAUUCAUUUAGUUCUGUACGUAAGACUGUAUGAAACUGGCUGUGGUAUUCUUCAUGAUCUAUUUUUGUUUGUUUUGAUCAAUAAUUUGAAAGAUGGUGAAAGACUAAUCCAAUUUUGAUAGACUGAUUACAAAGGAUUGUUUUUGAAUGCAUGUUCUUUAUCACAAAACUUUUUUUAAUGUGCCUUUCAAAGAGGAGGGCCACUCAACAGAUAUCUAAACUGGAAAAAUUUUAUAUCCCCCAAAUACAAUUGUUUCCUGAUUGAUGACUGCAUCUUGCUAAUCAUUCAUCUGUGUCUCAACAAAGCAGAAGGUUUACUCUUCUUGCAACUGGGUAGUUGAUGUCAAUGAGGAGUUAUUGCAUUUUCUGUGAAAACAAUAAAAGCAUAGGGUUCAAUCCCAAACUAUUUCCUUUCCUACAGUGUUCCCUUUGUGGCUAACCAGUUUAAUUAGUUUUCUUAAUGCUUAUUUUUAAAAAGCAAUGUCUGGCAUUUUCUACUUUGAUUUAAGAGAGAAGCUAACACAAAAUGAUCAGAAUAUUUUUCAGGUCUAAUAUAAAAAAGUCAUGGCUGAAUAUCCAUAAUAUGUAUCAGUAAACAUGUAUGUUGUUGUUAUGUAAAAGAGAAAGACUUAAAGACUUGAAAUUUUAGUGUGAAAUAUGUCAGUUCAAGAUCAACCCAUCAUAUGUCCAUGUCUGCUUAGAAACAGAGAGAAAUGUUCCAUAUUCUUGUAUAUGGAUUACUUUAUUGACACAUUAAUUUAAAGCUUAAUAAAUUCUGAGUAGUGAUUUCACUACCCUGAACCCAUGUUGACUACUAUAUUGAAAUUGAGAAAGUGGAAUUCAAAAUUUGGAGUAGGGCAGAGGUUAAACUCUGGAUAGAAUUUGAAAUAGUUUCUCAAGGGAAUAUUUAUAACUGAUUGAAUUUAAUUUCAAUUGUACUAAUUUUCCAUGAGUUGAGCUGAAAUAUAUUCUUAUUUUUCAAUAAAAUGUUGGGAAAUUCUAUGAAAUAGGGAUUAGCUUGUUAGUUUCAGUUUGUUUUCAUAUGACUUUUAAUUGUCCUGGAUUUCCAGGAUGUCAUUUUUAUUUCUUAGUUCUCACCAGUAUACUUAAAUGUAUAACUUAAAUCAAACAUACAUUGUGUUGCAUUUAUAUGGAAUAUUAGCUACAUUUGAGAUCUCAAAAUUUAGGUUUGACUUAAUUUUCCUUUUGAUAUUUUCCUUUUGCUUAAUAGUUUGAGAUAGCUGUAUGUUAUUUUCCCUUGGAUUUUCUUUCAAUAAAAGAAAUUAUGUUAAA